UUUCGCUCUCCUUCGUCUCUUGUUUCUUUCUCCAUCGCCACUAGGCCACAAAGGAGAAGAGAUAUGGGCACCCGAAACCGACCCGAUACUCUUUCCUUCGCAUUAAUCUUCGCCUUCAACCUCUUGCUCCUCACUUCUCCGACCGGCUACGCAAUCGCGAAUCCGAUCAAAACCGUCGUCGUUUUGGUGAUGGAGAACCGGUCCUUCGAUCACAUGCUAGGGUGGAUGAAGAAGCUCAAUCCAGAAAUCGACGGUGUCGACGGCUCAGAAUCGAACCCGCUGUCGGUAAAGGACCCGAAGUCGGCGCGGGUCUUCUUCGGCAACCAGUCGCAGUUCGUGGACCCGGACCCGGGACACUCGUUCCAGGCGAUUAGAGAGCAGAUAUUCGGGUCGGAUGAUGCGUCGGCGGACCCGGCUCCGAUGAACGGAUUCGCACAGCAAGCGUAUUCUAUGGAUAACACCACAGCCAUGUCUCGCAAUGUGAUGAACGGCUUCGUCCCUGAGAUGGUCCCCGUUUACAAAGCUCUUGUUUCGGAGUUCGCCGUGUUUGACAGGUGGUUUGCUUCUGUUCCAGCUUCCACACAGCCUAAUCGCCUGUACGUUCACUCCGGGACCUCCGCCGGAGCGACGAGCAACAACUCGACGCUGCUCGUCCAGGGUUAUCCACAGAGAACCAUCUUCGACAGCCUCGAUGACGCCGGAAUAUCGUUCGGGAUAUACUACCAGAACAUUCCGGCGACAUUGUUCUAUCGGACCCUAAGGAAGUUGAAGCACCUAACAAAAUUCCACCCAUACGACUUGUCGUUCAAGCAGCACGCAAGGGAAGGGAAGUUACCGGGGUAUGUUGUGGUGGAGCAGCGAUACAUGGACACGAAGUUGACGCCAGCCAAUGACGACCAUCCAUCGCAUGACGUGUACCAAGGGCAGAUUUUUGUGAAGGAGGUGUACGAGACGCUGAGGGCGAGCCCGCAGUGGAACGAGACCCUCUUUGUGAUCACGUACGAUGAGCAUGGAGGGUUCUAUGAUCACGUGCCAACUCCUGUACGCGGGGUCCCCAGUCCAGAUGGAAUUGUGGGGCCCGAGCCAUUCAAUUUUAAGUUUGAUAGGUUGGGAGUUAGGGUUCCGACCAUUGCAAUCUCACCUUGGAUAGAAAAAGGCACAGUGGUUCAUGGAGCAAAGGGGUCACCCACUGCAACAUCAGAAUAUGAGCACUCAUCCAUUGCAGCAACAGUGAAGAAACUCUACAAUCUGCCUUCCUUCCUCACAAAAAGAGAUGAAUGGGCUGCAACCUUUGAGGCCAUUCUUCACACCAGAACUGAACCCAGGACUGAUUGCCCAGAGAAACUUCCAACCCCAGUGAAGAUAAGAAAAGGGGGACCAAAUGAAGAAGCAAAGGUGAGUGAAUUUCAGCAAGAGUUGAUACAGCUAGCAGCAGUGUUGAAAGGAGACAACAUCUUCACCAGUUACCCUCAAACUAUAGGGAAGGAAAUGACUGUGAAGCAAGGUAAAGCCUACAUGGAAGAUGCCGUCAAACGCUUCUUCGAGGCCGGAUGGUACGCCAUGAAGAUGGGAGUCAGUGACGAACAUAUUGUGCAGAUGAAGCCUUCUCUCACUACCAGAUCUUCCAAACAGUCUUCACAUCCUAACCCUUAAAUGCACCCUCCAUAUAUAUAUUAUAUAUCCAUAUAUGUAUAUUCUAUAUACAAAUAUUGAAAAUAGGACAGCAUCAACGUGUAGGUCUAAAAGAUGUAAUGCAUAAAAGUUGGUGCUUGAGAUUGAAUAGGUGCUAUAUAUAUGGUAUUUAUUCAGGCGUUUCUGAUCUUUGGCUGACUUUUAA